AUGAUGGAAUGAAAAAAUAUUGCCUUUUUAAUUUAUUAGUACCUUGUAAAAUAUUUAAGUCAAUUUUAGUUAAUAACAAAUCUUGUUUACCCAGUAUGAAUAAAUCUUAAAGAAUAUAAUAAAGAUUACAUUUAGAGAAUAUCACGUUUUAUAUAUUCAUUUCAUAAGUAAUAAAUGAUUAAAUGAUUAACAGUUCUUAAGUAAAUUAAAACAUAUUUUAUUUGAAAAACAUGUUGAGCCGCUCCAAAAUUAUGAUUUGUAAAUUGAUUAAAAAUAUUACUUAUCCUGUUGUGAAUAAUACUCGAGGGCUUAAAAACUUCAAGCCUCCCAUUAAAUAUGAUUUUAUUCAAUUGCCUGAAAGACCAAAAUUGCAUUAUAUUGAACGAGUACCUGUAUAUAAUUCAUCAAUUAAGCCACCUAAGAUGUUUAAAAGGCUAGAUUUAAUGAGAGGACCAGAAUUAGUCCACAACAAACUAAUUCACAAACAAUACGGUAUACAGGCAACUGGAGGAGGUAGAAUGAAAUUUGUGCAUUUUGAAGUUAUUAGAAUGGGAUUAUUAAGAAAAUUAGAUUGGUCAAGAAUGUUUGCUAUCUGGAGAAUAGAUUCGCCAUGGCAAUCUGUUACUAAAAAAGGUCAAGGACAACGUAUGGGUGGAGGUAAAGGCAGCAUUGAUCAUUAUGUAACUCCUAUAAAAUCUGGAAGAAUUAUAAUUGAAGUUAGCGGACAUUGCGAAUAUAUUGAAAUAAAAGAUAUUUUAAGUAAAAUUUCAGCCAAGCUCCCAUUUAAAGCCCGAGCUGUUAGUCAAGAAAUAUUGGAGUAUGAUGCAGCAAAAGAAAAAUGGGAAGAAGACAAUAAUAAAAAUCCUUACACAAUGGAGUAUUUGAUCAAAAAUAAUAUGGAUGAUUUACAACGUAAAGUUAAACGUAUUGACCACUUUUAUUUUGGAAAAUAUGUAUAAUAAUAUUU